CUCUCUCUCUCUCUCUGCAUACUUUUAUACUAUUAGGCAUUUGUUUGGUUCUUCUUCCUCGAUUUGAUCGAUCGUCCUCCUCUCUCUCCCAACUCUUUGCCAGUAAUGGCAGUGCAUCAGUGGCAGUGCAAGUAAAGAGGGUGAGAGUGUUUUCAUCGGGAAGGUAAAGCUUUGCUUCUUCACACGUCUCAGCUCUCUCUCUGUUUUUUCACACAUAUUCCCCUCUCAUAUUCAUUCACAUGAUAUCAUCCCAACUCCAACCAACCAUUGAACUCAGAUUUACUGUCCUGGUUACUCAAUCUGAACAACCACCGCGUGCGAACUCUGAUCACUUGAAUUUCCUACAAAGAUUAUCACCGAGGGAAAGUACUGUGCGAGUUUACGCUACUAGCUAGCUUGUUUAUAUAAAACAAGCACUCUUCAAGUGAAAACCAGCUGAAGCAGGCUUUGGCAGACCCAACAAUUUGAGAAAAGCUAACCCCACUACUACUACCACUAUCACUAACUUAGGAUUUUUCUGUAUAAAGCCUGAAACUCGUGUAGCUUAAAACCCGGGAGAACCUCUGCAGAUAUAUACAAACCAACUUUCCGCGUUUUUUCGUCAUUAUUAUUUUUGUAGCUAGCAAAACCUAGAACUGUGAAAAUUGCCAAGAAAGAGUUCCAGAGAUUAUGCAGGGUGGCUCUAAUGGCGCUAAUUCGAUGGCGUUUGGAGAUAACAGUAACACUAAUGGCGGAGGAGGGCAGUUUCCGAUGACGGUAAUGAUGCCUCUGAUGACAACCAACUCCCAUCACCAUCAUGCUCAUCACUCGAAUAACAGUCCAUUUCUUCUGCUGCCUUCAAACCACAACAAUCAUCAGCAAGACCAAACCCGCAACAGCAGCGGCGGCAGCUCCUCUUUCGCCCUCGAUAACAAUCAUUGCAAUAACCCUGCCGUUGCGGUAGGCUGUUAUUUCAUGGAUCACAACAACGGUGGUCAAGGAAGCUCUACUUCCUCUUCGUCUUCUUCUAUCAAGUCAAAGAUCAUGGCUCAUCCUCACUACCACCGUCUACUUGCCGCCUACAUCAACUGUCAAAAGGUUGGGGCGCCACCGGAGGUGGUGGGGAGGCUGGAAGAAGCAUGCGAGUCGGCGGCGACAAUAGGUCAGAUGGUGAGUAGUAGUAGUGGAAGUGCGCAUGGACACGGUGCCCUUGGUGAAGAUCCAGCUCUGGAUCAGUUCAUGGAGGCCUACUGUGAGAUGCUGAUCAAGUAUGAGCAAGAGGUCUCUAAACCCUUCAAGGAAGCCAUGCUAUUUCUGCAUAAGAUCGAAUCCCAAUUCAAAGCCCUCACAGUUUCUUCUGCUUCUGAUUCUGGUUGUGCAGAGGGAGGUAUGGAUAGGAACAAUAAUGGAUCAUCUGAAGAAGAAGUUGAUGUGAAUAACAACUUGGUAGACCCACAAGCAGAAGAUAGGGAGCUGAAAGGUCAGCUUCUGCGCAAGUACAGUGGAUACUUGGGCAGCUUGAAGCAAGAGUUCAUGAAGAAGAGGAAGAAAGGCAAGCUGCCUAAAGAGGCCAGGCAGCAGUUGCUCGAUUGGUGGAGCCGACAUUACAAAUGGCCUUAUCCAUCAGAGUCCCAGAAGUUGGCUCUUGCGGAGUCGACAGGUCUGGACCAGAAGCAAAUAAAUAACUGGUUUAUCAACCAAAGGAAGCGCCAUUGGAAGCCAUCGGAGGAUAUGCAGUUUGUGGUGAUGGAUGCUUCUCAUCCCACCCACUAUUACAUGGAUAGUGUCAUGGGGAACCCUUAUCAUAUGGACAUUUCUCCCUCAUUGCUCUGAGCCUCUGAGCAUGCAACUCUCAGAGAACUUGACGACUUGUUAUAUAUAAAUAUAUAGCUAUGUAUGCUAAUUAAGUAUCGUCCGUUUGAUUAAUUGCAGAAUGUGAAUUCAUUUGGAUUAUGCAUAUUUAUUCAUGUGACGGAUUAUUUUGCAUGCAAUGUUUUGUACUGGUAUGUCUGUUUCAAAUAAGGAAAUCCAGAGCAGGUCCUGGGUUAUAUACAUGUCUGUUUCAACCAUAUCCUUUUUUAUAAUAUUCUAAGUUAUAUUGUUUACAAGCAA